AUGCCUUACACUGAAAAUAGAUAUUCAAUCGACGAAGAAAUCAACGAAGAAAGCAGCGAUGAAUUGGACCCACUCUCACUUCAAUUGGAUCCUGAAACACAAAUUAUAAAAAAUGUUAUGAUUGUCAAAACUUUAGAACAAAUUUUGCGUGGUGCCAAUCUUUUACAAAAAUAUCAUCAUUGUCUUCAAUCUGGCAGUGUAGCAGAUACCUUUGGUAUUUCAAAAGCUCCAGACGGAUUUUUUGUAUUUGUAAUGAGAUUCUAUGAAAAUGGCGAUUUAAAUCAAUACAUUAAAAAUGUUAAUGAUAUUAGCUGGAAAGAUAAAAUCGAUUUAUUAUGGGGGAUUACUGCUGGUUUGGAAAACAUUCAUCGAUAUAAUUUCUAUCAUGGAAAUUUACACGGUGGAAAUAUAAUGAUCGAAGAUGAAUCAAUCUCGACUGAGGGAAGAAUAGCUGAUAUAGGGAUUAACGGAUCAGUUGAUAUCCCAUAUAAUAAUAAUAAAUUGUAUGGUGUUAUUCCAUAUAUUGCACCAGAAAUUCUUCUUGGAGAGAAUCAGUCAAAAGAGGCUGAUAUUUAUAGUUUCGGCGUUAUUAUGUGGUCACUUGCCGCUGAACAAAAGCCAUUUGCUGAGAGAGCGCAUGACAUCACAUUAGCAAUGGAUAUUUGUAAUGGAGUCAGACCAAAGGAAAUUGAAAACACUCCAAAAUGUUUUUCUGAUUUGAUGAAAAGAUGUUGGGCAUUUGAUCCAAAACAAAGACCAACAGCAAUCGAGUUGAAUGAAAUAUUUAGCGAUUGGAUAACCGAUAUAUGUGACAAUCCAGCACCAACUGGGAUCAGUGAGGAGUUUAAUGAUGCUGAAGAAAGAAGAUGUGGAAGUUUUCAAAUACAGAAAAACACAUCACAAGAAAUUCAAAAUAAAAAUGCAUUUUACACAAGCCGAUUUUUUGAUUUUUCAGAACUUAGAGAAAAAUUUAAUAACAAUAAUGAUAAUUAA